AGCUCUAUUAUAACUUGUUCAUUCUAUAAUUACUUUCGAUGGCGCAGCAAUAGAAUCUUCCAUAAUUAAAUCGGCUAAAAAUCUUGAUUACAUUAGCAUUUUUGGGUGAUUACAAUCGUUACUGAGUGUGCAAUUAACAUAAGUUUCUGUCCCUAAAGAAGGCGAAUAUAGAAGUAACGAUAGUUUCUGGAAUACGCUACAUUUCUCUAAACCCCUUGACUAUCGUGCUCAUCUGCCAAAAACUAUCCUUGAAGUUCUAAACCAUUCACCCCAUGAUAUACAAAUAAUGUAUUAAUGGUUAGCUAAUGAUAAAACGAGUCUACUUAUCACCUACUGAAAAUAUUACUAUGUAAAAAAUUUAAUGAUUGUCGACCAGUCGUCAACAUGGCGCAUGGUUGUUUCAGCAGCAUUACAACACCACAAUUGUCUUUACGGAAUUAUUAGAUCAUAAAAGAAAUCACUAAUUGUAGCACUUAAAGAGCAGAUAAUAAUAGAAUCAAACAAUCAAAAGACAUAUUUUCUCACUCUUUAAGGGUUAAAUGUGCAACCUCUUAAGAAAAGUGAGUUUUCACUUCUAUUUUGGAAAUGUAAUAGGCUUACGGGGCUGUACAUAGGGACUUGAUGGUUUAAAAUCGGCUGAUGGGAACUAAUCUGUGCAAUAACUUGACUCAAAUUCUGCUAUGAACGACAGCUGGUCGGCAUACUUAGAGUUGUCAUGCAGUUGUCAUUUUAUUAGUUUAUGCUGGAAUAAUACUUGACAUAUCAAACGUUAGGAAGGUCAUUUCCUUCUACUUUUCAAAAAGAAAAUCCUUAUACAAGAAAUAACUACAAUCGUGGACAAACUCAACAAAACAAUAACAGUUUUAUUGAGACUUUUUAUACAUGAUCAAAAGGUUCCAAUGGCCUGUACUCCGCAACCAGCAGACUAUCAAGUCGUUAACUUUGCAAAUUUUGCUAGUAACAUUUCCCAGCGCACCUGCACACCGAAAUAAUUCACGUCGGACGCCAAAAAAGUCCAAAAUUAAGAGAAAAUAUUCGUGCUGAUCCCAGCAAAAAUUGGGACAGGUCAAGAGUUUGAGACUAACGAUCUUACGUUAUUUGAUUAGACCGACUUGAAAAUCACCAACUACUUUAUGGCGAAACCUUAUAACUUAAAAUCCUUUGCAACUUCUAUCUUUACUGACCUAAUGCUCUCAAGUUCACAUUUUAGAUGCAACAUUAAAUUAAUGAAGAAUAUUUAGGCUUGUAUAUUUAUUGUAGAUCUGAUAUAAAUAGUACUUAAUCACUUAAAUAGAAGUCGAGCAACGAAAAUGAUCGCAUUGCUGUUAGUAAAGCAUCUCCCACAGAUGAAGUCUGUAAACGACACUACACUACAACAAAAAUCUGAUGACAUAAUACUAACAACAUAUACUUCCGCUGCAAAACUUUUUCCUAAAUUUCCUCCUAAAGGUAGAACGAAAGAACCUGAACCGUUAAACAGAAAUUGUAGUGUCACUUCCUGUCCUGCUUUAUUUAAAUUAUUUUCUUCCCUUGACAAUUGACAUCAAUGGGUUUCCAAUACGUCUAAAAUGCAACUGUGGUCUUGAUAACCUUAUUAAGGCAUGUGCUGAUAUAAUUAGCGGUAAAUAUUUUAUUCAUUUAUUUCAUCUUUUCAUGAUUAAGCACUUUUUACAAAGGUAUAUAACGGGGAAAAUAUCAUGCAGUUUUACAUUGUGUCCCUGAGAGACAAAAGUAUAGAAACAGAGAAUGAAGCUGUACAUAGCUCUUGCAUUGAUCGGCAUUUGCGCUUUUGCGCUUGCAGAAGAAGUAGAACAGGAUAACACCAGCGAAUCAAUUGAUCUUGAAGAUCCCACUUACUACAGAAGAUGUGGACCAUACAGGCGCUAUAGCUCUGCAACCCACUAUUGCUACCGAAACAAACUUUAUAGUAGAAAAUACUAUAGAUAUUGCGGAAAAAACAUCUACAACAUCAGAAGUCACUUCUGCUUCCGAAGACGCGUCUAUGCAAAGAGGUAUUACCGUAUCUGUGGUUACCGUGUUUGUAACAGACGUACUCAGUUUUGCUGGAAGAAAAGAUGCUACUCAAAAAGAUGGUACCACAUAUGUGGAUAUAAAGUAUGCAACAAACAUACUCAAUUCUGUUGGAGACGUCGAUGCUACUCGAAGAGAUGGUAUAAAAUCUGUGGUUAUGCUGUUUGCAACAAGCACACGCAAUUUUGUUGGAGACGUAGAUGCUACUUGAAAAGAUGGUACAGAAUCUGUGGAUAUGGGGUUUGUGACAAGCGAACACAUUUCUGUCACCGACGUCGAUGUUACAGCAAAAAAUUGUACGGCUACUGCGGAAAGUCUUUCUACCGAAAAAGUAGCUACCGAUGUUACUACAAUAAACUUCGACGAAACAAGCCAUAUUAGAUGACAAUUGUAACUUUUAUUAUAGGUGUUGGUCAAAUAUAAACAAAAGGAGCAUUUAAAA